AUGAAAUUCCUCGAAGAAGACGAGGAUGAAACAAUGCACUCUGGGGCGGACGUGGAAGCUUUCACUGCUGAAUUGAACAGAGACAUUGAAGGGAAUGCUUCCACAUCUCAGCAACAACCCUCUGAUUCUGAUAACGCAGCCAUGUCUCACGGAGGCAGUGAAACCGCAAGUCAUUUUCUUCCACAGUGGCAGACUUCAACUCAAGACGGAAUUGUUAACUCUCAAACUGGGCAAGGUAUUGCGGCCACGGAGGAAAAGGAACAACUUCCUUCUCAAUCUAGUCAACAACAACACAUUUUUGAGCCUGAGAAUAGGAAGGAGGACGCUUUUCCACAUAACCCGUCCACGGAUGCUAGUUCGCAACGGCAAGAUGAUGGGAAAAAUGUUCCCGCCUCCAAUACUAUGACUGCUCAAACAUCUCGAGAACAGCCGAUCCAUAUCCAUGACCUGGAUAGCGAAUCCAAUCUGGAAAGAGAGUCCCAAAUGGAGAAACUACAAAAUGUCAGCAAUCAUUCGGUCAUGGGGAUGAGUUCAAAUGAUCAAAGGCCUGUGUUGAUGGAGUCCAAAGAUCAGCAUUCUGUAGGGACGGUGAUGAGUGGCCAACAGGCAAUGACUUCUGGAUUGAAUAAUCAACAGUCAAUGGCAAGUGGUAGUCAGAAACAGCAAGGUAGUUCGUUGAAGUUGAACAGACAGGUGCCAUUUGGCAUGUUGCUUCCAAUAAUACAACCCCAACUUGACAAGGACAGGGCUAUGCAGCUUCACACACUUUACUUUAAACUGAAGAAAAAUGAGAUCUCUAAAGAUGGUUUUAUCCGACACAUGAGAAGUAUCGUUGGGGACCAGAUGUUAAAGAUGGCCGUAUUUAAGUUGCAGACACAGGAUGUCAAGAACACACAGAUUGCUGCCAAUCAAUUUCAGUCGCAGCCUCAGACUUCUGCCCGGCAAAUGCAACUUCCAUCAAAUGUAAGCAGUUCAACAAGCAAUGUCAAUACACGUGAAGAAAUGCAAACGGAUUCACCGGGAUUGCAAGCAAGCCAUAUGCCAACUCCUAGUCCGAGUUCCCUAACUCAUGACCGAAAGCAUUCUUCUUUUCCUGGACAAGGACUUAACAAACAACCACAUAAUAUGCAUAUAUCACAUGCAUCUUUCCCCACAUACGGAUCCACAGCAAAUAGUUAUCCACCUUUCACUAAUGCUGCACCUCAGAUGAGGCAGGGUUCAACGCACCAGAACAUACCCAUGAAUCACCUGGGACACACGGCUGCACCCCCUGGCAUGCUACAUCCAUCCAAUUUUGACCGGGCCCAUCCUCUUGGUGAAGCCAAGAAAAUGCAGCAGGGAGGUCUGACUCACGUGCAGCAGAAAACCGGUGUUUCUCCAUCAACAGCGCAUGUGAAACAAGAAAACCUUGAUCAGCCAGUUGAACAGCAUAAUGCCCUGCAAGGGUCAUCUUCCUUGUCUCGUGGACCGAUUAAGCAAGUUGGUGCGGCAUCUGGUAAUUUGAAUAAUGAACCUUUUGAGAUGCAAUCAUCUAGGAUGGGAUUUGCUCCGUCUACGAAUGUGGUCUCCAUGAAUUCUGUUUCCUCUUCCAAUCCAAGCCCAAUGGAACCUAACAUUCAGUCACAACCCCGUUCAAUAACACCCUCCAUGGGAAUUGGAAAUAAUUCGAAGGCUGCCCCCAAAAAGCCUUUGGCUGGUCAGAAGAAGCAAAUGGAACCACCUGGUUCUUCUCCUCCAAGUAAGAAGCAAAAAGUUUCUGGAGGCUUUUUGGAUCAAAGCAUUGAACAUCUCAAUGAUGUUACUGCAGUUAGCGGAGUUAAUCUAAGGGAGGAAGAGGAACAAUUGUUUUCUGGCGCUAAGGAAGACAGCCGGGUUUCAGAGGCUUCUCGAAAGGUUGUUCAAGAAGAAGAAGAAAGACUGAUUCUGAACAAGAUUCCACUUCAGAAGAAAGUUGUGGAAAUAAUGGCAAAGUGUGGUUUGAAGAAUAUGACCAAUGACGUGGAGCGAUGCUUAUCCUUGUGUGUGGAAGAGAGAAUGCGGGGACUCAUAUCUAAUCUCAUCAGACUCUCAAAGCAGCGAGUUGAUUUUGAGAAGCCAAGACACAAAAUUAUUGUCACCUCAGAUGUUAGACGACAAAUCUUGACUAUAAACCACAAAGCUCGCAAAGAGUGGGACAAAAAACAGGCUGAAACUGAGAAGUCCCAAAAACCAAAUGAAACUGAGAAUGCUUCUGGAGUUGACGGUGACAAGGAUAAAGAUGAAACCCGUGGAAAAUCUGCAAAGGCUAACAAGGAGGAAGACGAUAAAAUGCGGGCAACGGCUGCAAAUGUUGCUGUUCGAGCAGCCACUGGUGUUGGUGACAUGCUGUCAAGAUGGCAGUUAAUGAUUGAAGCCAAGCAAAAACAGGGAGGCUCUGAUACACUAUCAGGCUCUCAGCCCGGAAAGGACAUGGUGGCGGCCCGAAAGUCUUCCGCAACAUCAUUGAAGAAAACGAGGGAAAAUCAAGAAGCUGACAGACGAGAUCCUUCGGCUGCAACCCCUGCAUCAGUUAGAAAAAUGGGAAGAAAUCAAGUUGUUAUACCUCGGGUGGUUAGAAGCAUAUCGGUUAAGGACGUGAUUGCAAUUUUAGAAAGAGAACCUCAAAUGUCGAGAUCUACACUCCUCUACCGGCUUUACAACAAGGUCACUGCUGAUGUUGUCGUUGAAUGA